AUGAAUACAGCGGAUGGAGCAGCUGUGCCGGGUGGAAACAUGGAAGCCAGUCCGACUUCAGCACUGAUAGAGAACCGCAAUGGGGGCACCAACAACAACGUCGACCCCGAAACACAGGAGAACAGAAACGGCAACGGGAAGGUGCUGCAGAGGCUUGAGACAGUCCCAGACAUCAAGCGGGACACCUCCGGUAUCACCACGCAGUACAUCGCCGCUGGCAUAGUGAAUCUUGGAGCUUUUGCUGCUGGUGUCUGCAUAGCGUGGUCAUCCGCCGCCUUGCAAUCAAUGACUGUCAGUUCAACUGAGAUGCAAAUGGACCGCGAGGCAUUUGUUGGCAACAAUCAAACCGAAAUACACCCAAGACUUGCGCUGACGACAACGGAGGCGUCUUGGGUGGCGUCACUUCUUUGCCUCGGAGCAGUUUGGGGGGCGGUCCCAACUGGUUUAAUAUCAGAGAAUUUCGGCAGGAAGAAAACCCUACUGUAUUUGGCACUGCCGCUUUUAGUGUCAUGGAUCUUGGUUGCCUCCAGUCCUAAUGUCUACGGACUUUAUGUGGGACGGUUUGUUGGUGGCGUGGCUGUAGGUGCCUUCAGCGUGGGAAUACCACCGUAUAUAGAGGACAUUGCCGAAAAACAUAUGCUGCCGACGCUGGCUAACUUCUACCACGUUCAUAUCUCUUGCGGAGUCCUCUUCGGUUACGUCAUCAGCGGUUUAGUAAUUAAUACAUCAUGGCUGUGCGCGUUGUGCGCGAGCGUGCCAGUGGCUUACUUCGUGGCAUUCAUAUUCCUUCCUGAGUCACCUGCUUACUUAAUGUCACAAGGAAAAUACAUCGAAGCGAAAGCCGCGUUAAGAUAUUUCCGAGGUAUCGACAACGAUGUCAAUUCCGAAAUCAAGGCAUUAAAAGAGCACGUUCUCAACUAUGGAAAGAACAGAGUGACCUUUAAAGAAUUGUUUACCACUCGAACCACUGUGAAAGCCUUGAUCGUCUCUUUCGGAUUAAUGAUAUUCCAACAAGUGAGCGGGAUAUACCCAGUACUGUUCUACGCGGAGAAAAUUUUCAAAACCUUUUCCGUUUCGUCUAUGUUGCCCGGCGCGUCGAUAAUCCUGGGCUUCUGUCUAGUAUCGUCGACAUAUUUCUCGACCAUGCUCCUGAAAAAAGUCAGGAGACGGGUUCUGCUGUUGCUGUCUUUCAUGCUCAUGGCAUUUAGUUUAGGCAGCUUGGGUAUCUACUACCAUUUGAAGGCUUCUAACUUGUCGGCCAAUAGUACUUGGGUGCCACUAUUAACGCUGUGCACUUUCGUCAGUGUCUACGCAGCGGGUGUUGGACCGAUCCCAUGGUUGAUGUUACGAGAAAUCUUCCCACCUAAUGUUACUAGACGCGCUACUGCUAUAACCGCCGGUUUUCACUGGUUCCUAGCCUUUGGCGUUACCAAGCUCUACCAGAAUCUAGUGGAUUUAGUGCACCCUGGGUGGGCGCUGUGGCAUUUUGCCGUCACUUCGUUAAUAGGCGCGAUCUUCGUGUACUUUUUCGUGCCUGAAACAAAAGACAAGACAUUACUAGACAUACAGAAUGAAUUUGAUGGAAUCCAUAAAGGAAAAAAGCAUAUACAUGUCAUAGAAUUGGAAAGCAUAUCGGAAUCU